AUGUACGCGAACGCACAAGAACACUUUGCCAGCGGGCAACAUCAAGAAUUGCUCGUCCAAGCAUACUCAUUGAGUGUCAUUGAAAGGUUUAACAACCAUCCUUCAACAGCGAUUGCUCUAGAGUACGAGGACUACCUAGCCAAGCGUGGCGUUGAUAGGUUAAAGAAGCAGCUGGUCGUGGACCGUGGCAUACUUAACAGCGAAUACAUGAAGUGCAAGGGUCUACCACCGGAGACUGACAUGCGAGACAAAGUGCUGGAGAUCCUCACGAAACUUCUUGAGAGCUAUGCGGGUAUGCUAAAUGGUCCUCGUAUCGCUAUAGCUAUGGACGAGAGGAACGAAUUCAGCGAAGCUUUGCGUGGAUUGGAUAGUCAAUUACGGAAUAUAUUUGAGGCAUUCAUCUAUUCUUCAUGGAACUCUGAAGUCGAAUACUCGAUUCUCUCGACACUUGUGAGUAGAUCUCGCGAUGUUGCCCAGUAUGCGACGACAUAUUCUCCCGGAACACGCCCUCCAAAGUACAGAAUCACCAAGGUCUCAAGCCCAAUAGGCCAGAUAUUGUUGUCAAAGUGCGAGACUGCGAGGUUUUGUGCGGAGAAAUCAUUGGGUAGACUCAGGAAAACUUCGCAAGGUUCGGCAAGGCUUUCCUAG